CGGCCGCUGUGUAGAAUUCGCAUUUUUUGCUUAUUAGAGGAAACACACACACACAUGUUAGAGAUAAACGUAAUUAAAAGCACCGUAGCCACCCAGCGCCUCGUGAAGCAACAAUAGUGUAGCAGCUUGUUUCGUUAGUGUCAGUUAUAAAGUUUCGACUGUUUAUUGUCGCCGCUUAAUCGCUCAAGUGCAAAUAGACGAUUAGAUUUCCAGUGAAAACCAUUGCACUGCAGGAUGAACUCAAUACUCAUAACGGGCUGUAAUCGCGGUUUGGGGCUGGGCCUCGUGAAGGCCUUGAACAAACUGCCGGAGCCGCCGCAGCAUCUUUUUACCACAUGCCGCAAUCUGGAGCAAGCCACAGAACUAAGAAAUCUGGCCAAGGAGCACUCUAACAUCCAUAUAUUGGAGAUUGACUUGAAGAAUUUCGAUGAAUACGACAAGAUUGUUAAACAAAUCGCAGAGGUGACCAAAGAUAGUGGCCUUAAUGUGCUUUUCAAUAACGCUGGCAUUGCACCCAAGUCUGUGCGCCUCGGCGCCACCAGGCAGCAGGAUCUGAUUGAUACGCUGCACACCAAUACCGUGGUGCCCGUAAUGCUGACCAAGGCCUGUUUGCCGCUGCUUAAGAAGGCUUCGGACGCCAACGAGGGUGAAUGCAUGAGCGUUAAGCGCGCGGCAAUAAUCAACAUGAGCUCCAUACUCGGCUCCAUCAAGUCGAACACAGAUGGUGGCCUGUUGCCUUACCGAGCCUCCAAGGCUGCCCUCAAUGCGGUCACCAAAUCGAUGAGCAUUGACCUGGCACCCCAAAAGAUUCUGUGCGUCAGCUUGCAUCCUGGUUGGGUGCGCACCGACAUGGGUGGCAGCAAUGCCCCGCUGGAUGUGACCACGAGCACCACAAAGAUUGUGGAGACCAUUUGCCAGUUCAACGAGUCGCACAACGGUGGCUUCUAUCAGUACGAUGGAGCAGAGCUGCCCUGGUAGAGCCAAGCGCCGUAGUUAGCGUCUACACAGAUCAUAUAUCAUAUAUGUACAUAUAUAUAUUUUGUUGCUAUCUAUGUAAAUUAUUGCUGGUGCUAAAACAAAUGGGUAAAAAUCA